UUCAUCACAGUGUAUACCCUGGUAGGUUGAUGUGAAGUGUCAAGCAUGCUGCCUUUAUUCCUAUACAAGAAAGAAACUAUUCUCGCUUUAUGGAUGUGUGCUGGGAUUGACACGUUUUUGAAGUAAUACCAAGUUGCAAUCGAGUAUCAAUCAUAUCAGAGUCUUGUUUCAGCUACAACUAUUUUGCAGGGACAUAUUUAUGAUGGGCAUCCAAUUUUAUAACAAGUUUACAAAUUUCAGUUUAUCUUGAGAAAGAAAAGGAAGAUUUUCUCAAUCUGGUAACAUUGGCCUUGAAACUGUUACUCAGCUCUGUCACACCCUUGGCCAAACCUUUGAUGGAGUCUUUAAUCAAUAUUUUAAGGAUAUUAAAGGAAAGGUUGUAGAGUAAAAUUCUUCUCCUCUCAUUCUGCAUCAUCAUGAAGAGCAUAAAGAAAAGUAUGAAAAAAAUUAGAGGUUGUGGAUUGCAAUAGUCAAGGAUAACAUGAAACUUUUGGAACAAGAAUUAUAUGAUGUAGACAUCAAGCAAGGCAAGGGAGACUAUGAAGCUCACAAAACAUGGAAAACACUAAGGGGAAGAAGGGUGUGUGGAUAAAACUGCCCAUUGAGCUUGUAAAUCUUGUCGAAACAGCAGUUAAGGAGGGGUUUCGAUAUCAUCAUGCUGAGCCACACUACCUCAUGCUUGUUUAUUGGAUUCCUGAAACUACUAAUACUCUACCUGCAAAUGCUUCACACCGAGUAAGUGUUGGGGCUAUUGUUGUGAAUGAUAAAAAAGAGAUGCUUGUAGUCCAGGAGAAGAGUGGCAGGUUCCAAGGAACAGGUGUGUGGAAAAUCCCAACUGGAGUUGUUGACGAGGGCGAGGAUAUUUUUAAGGCAGCUGUAAGAGAAGUUAAAGAAGAGACAGGGAUUGAUGCAGAAUUUUUGGAGGUAUUAGCCUUCAGGCAAUCACACAAGUCAUUCUUUGAGAAGUCAGAUCUAUCUUUUGUGUGUAUGCUGCAUCCUCAAACCUUUGACAUCGAAAAGCAAGAACUGGAGAUUGAGGCAGCCAAGUGGAUGCCACUUGAGGAGUAUGCAGCUCAACCAGUCACCCAAACGCAUGCGCUCUUCAAGUACAUUCUUGAACUGGGCUUGGCAAAAUUAGACAGAGACUAUGCUGGGUUUUCUCCACUGCAUAUAACAUCAGUUUUUGACGAUAAGUUGAGUUUUUUAUAUUUGAAUAGGGCAGGAGAUGCAGUGCCUAAGUUCUCUUGAUCAAUCAUCCUAGAUGCUUUUAUCAUUUUUUUUCUGUAACCCUACAAUGUUUUAUUAUUUCAAUUUAUAUUCCCUCCAUUUAUCUGUGUUUUCUGUAAUGUUGGACUGGUAGUAAGUAGUAUAGAUCGAGAGUAUAAAGAAUAGAGUCAUAACUGAUCACUUGUGAUU